GUAACAAGCGCAAUGAGAUUGAGACAGCUUCCGUUUACCGGUUCCAGAUCAAGCGCAAAAGCAACAGUCGUAUCUUAUUGAAGAAUAAGACUUUUGACGUGCGUGACCCAGACCUCUUGACAGGCGGACGUCGUUGUGUCUCCUGUCUAUUGAAGGGAUAAUACUUAAUUUUACGUAAGAUAUUUUUUACGCUGUGCUUCAACUGCAGUCUUCGUUCUGCGCUAGACUUUCCCCGUAUAUUUAUUUCCUGAAUAAACACGGCCUCCGCAACAAUACGCAUUCAUGCUGGUUAGAGUUUCCGUCAUGAGAACUGCAGCCGCUGGCUUCCCGUCUCUGUUGUAGAAUAAAAACGAAGAGGAAAAAAAGACUGGUGGUGCUAGCCAGUUAUUUUGUUGUCCUUUCCCCCCUCAGUUGGAAUUGUAUCGGGAUAGUUUUAUACGUCCGUUUUCUAUCUGUCAUAUGAAUAUAUAAAUUAAGCAAAACAUAUUUUUGACCUUUUUGAAGGCCCUUUAUCGGGGAAAAGGAUGUCGAAGCGGUUGCGGAACAGCGAGGUUUGCGCUGAUUGUAGCGUUCCAGAGCCUCGCUGGGCCUCGGUGAACAGGGGCGUGCUCGUCUGUGACGAGUGCUGCAGCGUCCACCGCAGCCUCGGGCGCCACAGCUCCCAGGUGCGCCACCUGACCCACACGCCCUGGCCUCCCACCCAGCUGCAGAUGGUGCAGACGCUGUACAACAACGGCGCCAACGCCAUAUGGGAGCACUCCCUGCUGGACCCCGCCUCCAUCAUGAGCGGCAAGAGGAAGGCCAACCCGCAGGACAAAGUGCACCCAAACAAGACGGAGUUCAUCAAGGCCAAAUAUCAGAUGCUGGCCUUCGUCCACCGGAUGCCCUGCCGGGACGACGACAGCCUGACGGCGAAGGACCUGAGCAAGCAACUCCACUCGAGCGUGCGGACGGGUAAUCUAGAGACGUGUCUGAGGUUACUGUCCCUGGGGGCCCAGGCCAACUUCUUCCACCCGGAGAAGGGGAACUCCCCCCUGCAUGUGGCCGCCAAGGCGGGCCAGGUGUCCCAGGCGGAGCUGCUCACCGUGUACGGGGCUGACCCGGGGGCCCCCGACUCCAGCGGCAAGACCCCCAUCGACUAUGCAAGGCAAGCCGGGCACCCCGACCUCGCCGACAGACUGGUGGAGAUUCAGUACGAGCUCACCGACAGGCUAGCGUUCUACCUGUGCGGGAGGAAGCCAGAUCAUAAAAGCGGACAACACUUCAUAAUCCCCCAGAUGGCCGACAGCAGUCUGGAUUUAUCAGAACUGGCCAAAGCAGCGAAGAAAAAGCUCCAAUCUCUCAGCAACCACCUGUUUGAAGAGCUGGCGAUGGACGUGUACGACGAGGUGGACAGACGGGAGACCGACGCUGUAUGGCUAGCGACUCAGAACCACAGCACGCUGGUGACAGAAACGACAGUCGUGCCUUUCCUCCCUGUGAACCCUGAAUAUUCAUCGACAAGAAACCAGGGACGGCAGAAGCUUGCGCGGUUCAAUGCACACGAGUUUGCCACGCUCGUCAUCGAUAUUUUGAGCGACGCGAAGCGUCGGCAGCAUGGAAACUCUGUCGCGAGCCCGAAAGAAAACGUGGAGCUAAUCCUGAAGGGCAUCAGCAGUCGCCAUGGAAGCGAAGGACAGGAGGUCGACCAGCCCGACUACGACAGCGUGGCGUCGGACGAGGACACUGAUCAAGAGCCGCCUUCUGGCAAAGGGGACCGGACCAAGAGCGUGGACUCGGACCAGUCGGACGGACCAAUCACGGCGCAGGAGUUCCUGGAGGUGAAGAACGCCCUGAGCGCCUCGGAGGCCAAGAUCCAGCAGCUGAUGAAGGUCAACAGCAACCUGAGCGACGAGCUGCGGUUCAUGCAGAAAAAGCUGCACUCUCUGCAAAGCGAGAACUUCUCUCUGAGGCGUCAGGUCGCGGCCGGUAUGUGUCAGGCCCCCGGCGGGGCGGACUACCCCGACCCCUGCGGCCCCGCCCCCCUCAAGCGCCGGCCGUCCGGGCGGGGCAGCCGGCCCAUGUCUAUGUAUGAGACCGGCUCGGGCCUGAAGCCCUAUCUCCCCAAGGGAGAGGCCCCGUACCCCGAGGAGGGCAUCCCCAGCCUGCAGCCCUUCCCGCCUCAUAUCGGGAGAGGGGCUUUUGUGACCACCUCUUCAUCCCUCCCCUCCUUCCCCACCACCCUGUCCUGGUCACGGGACGAGAGCACGCAAAGGGCAUCCAAGCUGGAGAAGCAGAGCAGCAUGCCGGACAGCGACUAUGACAACACGACCAACGACGCUGAGCUGGACGAUUCGGGCCUGGGACGGAAGAGCAAGCUGAGGACCAGCGGCUGGCAGGGGGAGGGCUCCAUCCCGGAGCUGGACGACCUGGAGGUGGAGCCGGACCCCGCCCUGCCCAGCACGGAGGACGUCAUCCGGAAGACGGAGCAGAUCACCAAGAACAUCCAGGAGCUGCUGCGUGCGGCGCAGGAGAACAAGCACGAGAGCUUUAUACCGUGUUCAGAAAGAAUACAUGUUGCUGUGACGGAAAUGGCGGCCUUGUUUCCCAAGAAGCCGCGGUCGGAGACGGUGCGCGGCUCGCUGCGCUUGCUCACCUCCAGCGCGCACCGGCUGCAGGGGGAGUGUCGGAAGGCGGCCCCCCCGGACAGCAGCCCUGCCCCCGGCCCCGACAUGCAGCUGGUCACCCAGCAGGUCAUCCAGUGCGCCUACGACAUCGCCAAGGCCGCCAAGCAGCUGGUCACCAUCACCACCAAAGAGAACAACAACUGACCCGCGCGUGUCCAGCCAGGGAGGGCCCCUCCCCCUGACCCGAACGCCUGACGUUUCCGCUCGGUCACCAGGGUAACCAGCCCUGUGCCCGGAGAUCCGCCAGCCUUUUCAGCUCAACCCUAAUGUGGCACACCUGACUCAACAAAGAUCAGCCCCACAAAGAUCUCAAGCUGUUGAGUGAGGUGUGGCUUUGUUAGGGUUGGAGUGAAAACCUUCGGGACCGUAGAUCUCCAGGAACAGGGGUUGGUUACCGCUGUGCUAGGUUUAACAUAUAUUUUAUUUUGCUUUAUUUUAUUUUUUUAAUAUGUAACAAUUUGGAGACAUUAACAAUUUUCGUUGUCUUUUUUUUUUGUUUUCUAUUUUCUAUCAGUAUUAUUACUUAUUUGCAUGUUAUUUUUUUAUUUAAAAGAAAAUAAAAAAAAUGUAAAAAGGUAUAGCUGAACGCCAGGGUGCGAAGCCCACACUGCAGCAGUGUUACGUGCAGUUCACGCUCACGGAAAACAGAACUGUAAAGGGCAUUGGCGUUUGUUUUCGAAUGGAUACGCUUCCCCCUGCACCCCCCCCCCCCCCCCUCCCCCCCGAGUACACAAAAGGACAGCAUGCUUGGCCACUUCGGACAGGACAGCAGGCAGAACAGCCUACAGAGGAAGACGCUUUGAAGACUUUUGAGGGGAAUUCUUUUUGGAGUGUCCUUCAAAUUCGGAUAGUGGGAAGUGGCAGCUCCUUUGGAGACCAGUCAUCGUAUAAUGGGAUCCUGCACAGCAUCGUUACCAGACCGUGCCCCGUCUUCCCCCCCCCCACCCCCUUAAAGCCAUAAGUAGUGUUAUAUCUCAAGUGCUAAUAUACCUCAUGCUUUUUACAGUAUUGUUCAUGUCACCCCUGCACAACAUUGACAAAACAACAACAAACAAAAAAAAACUAACAAAAAAAAAAACUUGGCCUAAAAUUUCCAUUUUAGGUUGUUAUAUGUGAAAAGAGGAAGACUAUUUGAGAGCCGUUUUUUCAAAAAAAUCUUUCAGUCUCUGCAUUUAGUUCCAUUUUAAGGGGGUGCUGAUGGGAGAGAUUUAUUCAGAUGCACAAAGUUCAAUCCUGUGUGUCCAAACACAUUUUUAUUUUAUUUCUUUGCCUUUAUUCCUUCCAGUGUCAUUGGUCGUGCUUCGACGAACACUGCAUCUUCCAUUUCAAAUGCACUCUCUACUUAUGCUUCCUAUCAUGGAUAUAUCAGAACACAAAAGGCCUCAAGCAGGCGACGUGUGGGAAAAAAAAGAACUACGUAUCCCAGAAGCCACCAGCAACCUGUAGUACUUGUAUACAUGUCUGUGUAUUGGUGGUGCUUUCAAGUAGAAAAGCUAUCAUAGUACUAGAUAUGGUGCCAUAUUCUUUGAACUUUCAGUUUUAUGCCUAGGAUUGUAUUUGUGCGGUUAGUCAGUCGCAAAUCUGGUUAAAGCUUCUAAUGUGUUUUUUUUUUUUUUUUUUUGUGCUGCUAGGUUUUUCUAAUUUGUGUGCAACUAAUGGGAUGGGAUCUUAAGAUAUCCUUUUUUGUUAUUCUUCCCUCCGAGGGUCUUCAUCUGCACAAGGUUUUAGAGCUCAGUGUUAUACUUGAAACUCACGAUCAAGGAAACGUCCGUCUGUCCAUCAAGUCUCUGAUUCUAAAUGGGUGUGGUCUUCACGCAGGGAUGUCAGUCAAGCCGUUGUCAUGGCUGCAGUGGGAAAACUUGCCUUUUGUUUUUUAAUAAACUUAAUUUAUAAUUGUAACCUGAACAUGUUUGUUUUUGACCUUUAAUGUACAAACCUGUUGUAAGAUUAUUUUAUUUGCCUUCAUGUGUUUUUUUUUUGCCUGAUAAUUAUACAAUAAACCAGGCUUCAAAUGAAA